AAGGGCAGUCCCGCCCCUGUUCCAUUUCCAUAGAAAAUGAAACACACCGAGUACAUCAUAUUACAGACCGCGGGAGGAGAUUGAGUAUCUCUCCGGCAACAUUUUUGCAAAGCAAAACAUAAAUGACGAACCUAGGCAAUAAAGCAACAGUCUGAAUAAAACACGCUAAAACAUAAACCAGCUACUGGACAUUUUUAAGAUGAGACAGGAGGCCACAUCAACUCUCCACGGAACAGGCUCUCCUCCAUGCUCAUCAAGCCACCCAUCUUUUGCAGGGAGUACAACCCCCAGAGCUCGUUCUUCUUCAGCCUGGCUCUGGCCAGAGCAGCAGCGGUGGUUUUCUUGCCUCCUCCCUUAUAGCCGUGUUCAAAAAACAAUUGUAGCCGGCUCGGGAGAUUCAGCAGCAACGGCUUGGCUUCUAGUCACCCUGACCACCAACCGCGUCCAUUGUCUCCGAAUCAUCAGCUGCUGGAUUCCAUCCCCUUCUUCCAAUAGGGGACAUGGCCGCGCCGCCGCCCGCCGACGAGAGGCCGCUGGUGAUGCUGGCGCAGCCACUCUUCCCGGAGUUCGCCGCGGCGCUCGCCGGCCGCUACCGGUUCGUGCUGCUCGCGGACGCCGACGCGCCGGCCGCGGCCGAGGUGAGGGUGCUGUUGGUCGGGGGCCUCCCGCUGGUCACGGCCCAGCACCUGGGCGCGCUCCCGGCGCUCCAGCUCGUGGCGUGCACCUCCGUGGGCGUCGACCACGUGGACCUCGACGCGUGCCGGAGCCGCGGGCUCAGCGUGACCAACGCCGGCGCCGCGUUCGCGGCCGACUCGGCCGACUACGCCGUUGGGCUUCUCGUCGCCGUGCUCCGGAGGGUGGCCGCCGCCGACACGUACGUCCGCAGCGGCAGGUGGACGGCCGACGGCGACUAUCCUCUCACGACCAAGGUGAGCGGCAAGCGGGUGGGGAUCGUGGGGCUGGGCAACAUCGGCUCGCGCGUCGCCCGGCGUCUCGCCGCCUUCGGCUGCGCGGUCUCCUACCACUCAAGGUCGCCCAAGCCGUCGGCGCCGUACCCGUUCGUCCCGGCGCUGCGUGAACUCGCCGCCGGCAGCGACGUGCUGGUGCUCUCCUGCGCGCUGACGGACGAGACGAAGCACAUGGUGAACCGGGACGUGAUGGAGGCGCUGGGGAAGGGCGGGGUGCUGGUCAACGUCGGCCGGGGCGGCCUGGUGGACGAGCCGGAGCUGGUCAGGUGCCUCCGUGAGGGCGUCAUCGGCGGCGCCGGCCUGGACGUGUACCAGAACGAGCCCGCCGUGCCGCCGGAGCUGCUCGCCAUGGACAACGUCGUGCUGUCGGACCACAGGGCCGUGCUCACGACAGAGUCCAUCGGCGGCGUGCUUGAGGUCGUCAUCGCCAACCUCGACGCCUUCUUCUCGGGGAGGCCGCUGGUCAGCCCCGUGCAACUCUGAAACAAGAACAUCACUCACUGGUUAGAUGAAAUUGACCCGAAAUUACAUUCUGUAACAAGAUGAAGUGAUUAAACACACUUGGUUCCCUUAUUGCCAAUUUCCGAGUGAACACAUAAUCUGGGAGAAUAAGAUCUGCAAGAAUAGACUUGUCAUCACUUCAUUUUCAAUGUGGCCAAGUUGAUCAUUUUUAAAAUCCGGGUUUGGGGUAUUGUAUGGACUUGGGUAUCUAUUUCCUUCGGGACAUUGCAUACCUUCAUGAAUUUUAUUGGCCCUUGGCGGGGACGUGGCUUCACGCAACGAAAUGAUUAUAUAUGUAGUGUGAAAUGUUUGGAAAGAGCAAAAUAGGAAACUUUCCAAUAAGCCUCCCUAAACUGCUUGACAUUACUCUUUACUCAUCUUUUAAAGGACCUUAAUAACCAAGUGUGGUUGGCUUUUGUAGCAUUACUCCUACAAAAGUUGACGGAAACUCCGACCCAAGAUAGAUUCUAAGGUAAAUACACUAAGGCCUCCUUUGGUUCAUAAGAUAGAAAUGUUGUAUGAAUAGGAAAAUCAUAGGAAGUGAGAUGACAUGCAUCUCAAUGCCUAUAGAGAAAGAGAUGUCAUUUGAUGCAUAGGAUAGGAAUUUUUUCAUUGAGUCUUAGCUAAUGUUUUUUUUCCUCCAAAAUGCGAAGGAUUGAUUCCUAUCCUAUAUAGUAAUAGGAAUCCAUUCCUACAAACCAAAGGGCCUCAAAGGAAAUUUUGCUAUACAAAUCCUAUCCUGUAGAAAUCCUAUGACAUUCCUACAAACCAAAGGAGACCUAAGAGUGCUAGAACUUACGCUGGAUGGUCACUUUGGAACAGGUAGCAAAAUACACAUUUUCAAUGCUCCAACUUGCAUGUACCGUGCAAAUACGGUGUUUUUUUUUGGGUCAGUUAGACAGUUAAAGUGAAGCAUCCCCUUCUCCGCAAAAAAAGAAAAGAAAAUGGGUGAAGAUUCCGCCAAAUAAAACCCUCAAAAAAGAGUUCAAGUGAAGCUACUAGGAUGCCAGUUGCGUAGGAAGUCAAAAAUGGACGUGCUUAUCCAGUUGUAUAGGCGUUUCUACGAUUAGUCUUCUGAUGUGAAGCAACGUGCAUGUCCGUUUCAGAAAAUUCAAAACCGCACAUGCGUACACGUAUCGCCACCAGUUGUGACUUUGAACGGUAUGAGUCCAAUUUCAGGCCAAGUUGGACACUUACUCUCGUGUGCUAUAUAUACAAGCACUGCAACAUCCAACUUUCGCAUUUACUCCCACAAAACGCAAAAUUUCUCGAGGCGACGACAUGGCCACGAACCAGAAGAAGCCCCACGCCGUGCUCGUGCCGUUCCCGGCGCAGGGGCACGUCACGCCGAUGAUGAAGCUGGCCAAGGUCCUGCACCGCAAGGGCUUCCACAUCACCUUCGUCAACACCGAGUACAACCAGCGCCGCCUCGUCCGCUCCCGCGGCCCCGGCGCCGUGGCCGGCCUCCCGGGCUUCCGCUUCGCCACCAUCCCAGACGGCAUACCCACGUCCGAUGCCGAUGCCGACGCCACACAGGACCCGCCGUCCCUGUGCUACUACACCAUGACCACCUGCCUCCCUCACUUGAAGAACCUGCUCCGCGACCUCAACGGUGUGGUUGGGGCGCCGCCCGUGAGCUGCGUCGUGGGUGAUGGCGUUAUGAGCUUCUGCGUGGACGCCGCCGCGGAGCUCGGGGUGCCCUGCACGCUGUUCUGGACUGCCAGCGCCUGCGGCUUCAUGGGCUACCGCAACUUCUGGUUCCUCCUAGACGAGGGCCUGACCCCUCUCAAAGACGAGGAGCAAGUGAAGAAUGGGUACUUGGACACACCGGUGACGCAGGCAUGCGGCAUGAGCAAGCACAUGCGCCUCCGGGACUUCUCGUCUUUCGUCCGCACGACGGACCGCAGAGACAUCCUGUUCAACUUCCUGCUGCACGAGGUCGAGCAGUCGGACCGCGCGACCGCCAUCAUCCUCAACACCUUUGACGAGCUCGAGCAGACGGCACUCGACGCCAUGCGCACCAUCCUUCCCCUGCCCGUCUACACCAUUGGCCCGCUUAAUUCCCUCACCGAUCAGCUGGUCUCGGAAGGCGAUAGCAGCGGCACGCUCGGUGCCAUACGCUCCAGCCUCUGGAGAGAAGAUCAGUCAUGUCUCGAGUGGCUCCAGGGCAGGGAGCCCCGGUCCGUGGUGUACGUCAACUACGGGAGCGUGACCACCAUGUCCAAGUAGGAGCUGGUGGAGUUCGCGUGGGGGCUUGCCAACUGUGGCUACGACUUCCUGUGGAUCGUGAGGAACGACCUGGUGAAGGGUGAUGCCGCCGUGCUGCCUCCCGAGUUCCUCAAGGCCACCAAGGGCAGGUGCCUCCUGGCGAGCUGGUGCGAGCAGGAGGCUGUGAUACGUCACGAGGCGGUGGGCGCCUUCCUGACGCACUGUGGGUGGAACUCGAUGAUGGAGGGGCUCAGCGCUGGGGUGCCGAUGCUGUGCUGGCCCUUCUUCGCCGAGCAGCAAACCAACAGCCGCUACGCGUGUGUGGAAUGGGGCGUCGGAAUGGAGGUUGGUGACGAUGUGCGCCGGGAGGUGGUCGAGGCAAGGAUAAAGGAGGUGAUGGGAGGAGAAGUAGGGAGGGGGAUGAGGAGGAAGGCGGCGGAGUGGAAGGAGGUCGCUUCUCGCUCAACCGCUCAACCCGGUGGCAGGUCAUUGGCCAACCUUGAGAGCCUGCUCAAAGAUGUACUGAAGUGGCCAUCAAUAACAAAUAAUUAAGCUGGGUAUAUAGUCACUCCUUGCAAAAUUAUAGUGCAUAUAAGUUUUUCCAAAGUCAAACUUUGUAAACUUUGACUAUGUUUAUUGAAAACUUAACUACAUUUAUCAAUUAGCCUUCUACCAUUUA